CAGGAAACGCCACCCCGGUGGCCACCUCCGUCCCUCAGAUCGCCUCGGGCCACUCGGCCGAGAUCUGCAACGUGUCCUUCGAGGAGAGCAGAGUGACCCUGGUGGCGGUGUACAGCGUGGUGUGCGCGCUGGGGCUGCCGGCCAACUGCGUGACCGCGUGGCUCACCCUGCUGCAGGCGCUGCAAGGCAACGUGCUGGCCGUGUACCUGCUGUGCCUGGCGCUCUGCGAGCUGCUCUACGCCAGCACGCUGCCACUCUGGGUGGUCUACAUCCAGAACCAGCACCGCUGGACGCUGGGCCUGCCGGCCUGCAGGGUGACCGCCUACAUCUUCUUCUGCAACAUCUACGUCAGCAUCCUCUUCCUGUGCUGCAUCUCCUGCGAGCGCUUCGUGGCCGUGGUGUACGCGCUGGAGAGCCGCGGCCGCCGGCACCAGAGGACGGCCGUGCUCGUGUCCCUGUGCGUCUUCCUGCUGGUCGGGCUCCUGCACUACCCCGUGUUCCAGAUGGAGGAGGAGGAGGCCGGCACCUGCUUUGAGCAGCUGUGCAUGAGCAGCCGCAUCGCCGCCUUCCACUACGCGCGCUUCGCCGCGGGCUUCGCCGGGCCCCUCGUGGUCAUCGUGUUCACCAACCACCGCAUCCUGAGGAGCGUCCGGCUGAGCGCGGGCCUCAGCGCCGCCCAGAAGGCCAAGGUGCGGCACUCGGCCGUGGCCGUGGUGCUCAUCUUCCUGGUCUGCUUCGCGCCCUACCACCUGGUGCUGCUGCUCAAGGCCGCCGCCUUCUCCUACUACCGCGGGGACGAGGCGGCCGUGUGCGCCUUCGAGGCCAGCCUGUACACGGCCUCCGUGGUGUUCCUGUGCCUGUGCACGGUGAACAGCGUGGCCGACCCCAUCAUCUACGUGCUGGCCACGGAGCACUCUCGGCAGGAAGUGUCCAGAAUCCGCCGGGGCUGGAAGAAGUGGUCGGCAAAGGUGGACGCCACGAAGCUCAGCAGCUCCCCGGAUUCGGAGGAGCUGCGCUUGCCCGCCAAGGACUUCCUGCGGCCCGGGCCCCCGCCAGGGUCAGAGCCGGGCCCCGGGGGCCUCCCACACACCCUGCAGAGGCUGGUGGAGGGGUCCGGCUGA